GCUGGCUGCAGCACCAUGUCCUCCGCUGAAAGUGGGGAUCUAUCAGGCUACCAUCUGAGCGUGGUGCGUCACCCGCACGGCUGGGAGCUAGGGAUCUACCUGGUGGGCUUCUUGGUGCUGCUGUGCGUCGCCGGGAUCAACAUCUGGAAGUUGUGGAAAUCUGGAACCUUCCCUGCUCCGUCCCCUUUCCCCAACUUUGACUAUCGAUACCUGCAAGAAAAAUAUGGAACUUCCUUCUCAGAAGUCAGACAAAAG